CUGUGGAACCCAUCUUGCAGUCACCGUCCUGUCAGAUGAGACCGAGCAGGCCUCGACUGCACCAUAUUUCAGUUCCCUUUUCUGUGAACCGUGACUUAAUUUCAGCUUGAACAGACUCACUUGAGGAGAGAAACUGAGAGCAAUUGAAGCACAUCCAGAACAGUCGAAGGUCGCUUUUCCGUGAACGGACAGCUCGCAUUAGGAUGUCUUCGAACCCGGUACCUCCGGCUCUCUGUACCAGCUCGACCGUGUGGAGUCCAGGUUCUGACGAGGAAAGCAGUUACUCAUCUGAAGAUGAAGAAGACAUUCAGUGUCAGAUACUGGCGAAGGAGAGGGAUGAGGCUACCGAAAAGCUGACGGAGAUUGAACAGGUGUCUGCACAGCUCCUGAAAGAAAUGGAUGCCCUGGAGAUACAGUUCCACAUCGAGCGUUCGUGUCGGGAGAGCGCUGAGGCCUUCGCACUGAAGAUAACGAAGGAGAACAAAGCUCUGAAGCGAAGGAGCCAAGCCCUGCUGCCGCUGAUCCCAGAGAUUCCUGAAAAUCUGGACGUUCUGACGCUUGACUUUGAAAAUGACCUUGGGGCAGGAGAGAUCUCUGACAGCAGUGUGGCAUCUGAUCUGCAAUGGCAGUCCCAGAUCAGAGACCUGCAGAGUUCUCUGGACCAGCUCCUUGGGGAGAAGAUGCAGCUGUCUGAACAGGUGGAGACGCUGAAGAGAGAGCAGGCCGAACUCAACGAACAGCUAGCUGUAGAGAGGGAGGAGAGGGAGGCCAUGAUGAGGAGGUUCAAUAGGCAGAGCAGAACCAUGCACAAAGUGAAAAGAGUGUCCCAACGGGCCGCUCAGGAGUUCAACGACAUCACCCAGAGACUGCAGAUGGAGAAGGGGCUCCGCCAGCAUGCUGAGGCCUUCGCCCACCAGAUGCUGUUGAAGCAGAAAGAGACCCAGAGGCAGAGUAUGGUCCUGAUGCAGAGCUCAGAAACUGGCCCUCAGCUCCAGCAGGCCCUGGAGCAGGUGGCACACAUCAGCAGUGCCCUGGAAGAGAUACGUCUUCAACGUCAGAGCCAGGUGCUCCAGACACAGGCUGCCCUGGAGGAGACCAGCAUGAUGUCGGAGCUGCAGAGUGUCAGAGCCCUGCUGGAGAGAAGCGAGGAGGAGAAGGCAGAGAUCCAGACACAGCUGAGCGAUGCCCAGCACACCGUCGCCCAGCUGCAGGAGGAGGUGAAGCAGCUUCAGGAUAGGGUGAAACAAAUAUCAGAGGUCCCGCCCACUCAAAUAGGCCAAUCGCAGGAAGAAGCCUCAACCCCUGCUCCACCUCCCCCUCCUCCUCCUCCUCCUCCUCCUCCACCACUACCACCACCUUCAGCUGUGGUUGACCCAUUGGAUGCCCUGAGAAAAAGAAAGAAGAAUGGAACCAACCCCACAAGCGUCAAUGGGCAACCACCUUCAUGUGACAUUAAGGCCAGAGCAGUGGAUGAAAUGAUGGAGCGCAUCAAGAAGGGAAUCGCGCUGAGACCCACCCAGAGACCACAUCAGGUUGGGUCAGAGGACGACAGUGCCUGGAGGGAUCAGAAUUCUGAGAAAAGGAAGUCUGCAGUGUUUGAAUUGCAAGGCAUGUUGGAGUCUAUGAAGCGGCCUGGCUUUAGGAGGGGGAUGUCCCGCAAGAGAAUCAGCCGCCAUGUUGGGGGGGCGGAGCUUCAGGCAGUCCUACAGAGGAGGAGGAGAGCCAUGGGGGAUGAGCAGACCUGUCCGACCCCACCAAAAGCCCAAGACCCACAAUCGUCAAGCCCCGCCGACACCACUGCGCCCUGGGCAGGAGAGAGCAGCGCCCCCGUCCUGCGGCGGCUGAAACAGAACCGCGAGAAGAGGAACUCCCGCGUCCGAAUCUCUGAGGGCGUCAUCUGGGGGGACAGCUGAAGCCUGCAAACGGGAGGGAGAAGGAAGGAGGGAGAGAGAGGGAAAGAGAGGGAAGUGUCAUUGGGAGGGGAUUACAAGGCUAAUCAGGAAUGGAUGUGGAAUAGUGAUAGUCAAUAUUAGGAAUGGUAUCUGGUUCCUUUUCAUGUCUAUACAAAAUUAUCACAUUACAUCACAUGCUGAACUGACACUUUAGUGGAGAAUUCCAUUUCUUCACACUCAAUUCAGGAAAUUAAUUGAAAUUCAAUUCAUGAAUUUGAAAAAUCUCCAUACAGCAAUCAAUAAGGCCAUUUUUUAAUUUAUGAAUUUUCUGAACUGGCUGAAUGGAAGGGGAACCGAUUCCCCCAGGCCUGUAACAGUACAAUUCCAGUGUCAAACAGUAACGAAGAGCCAGAGAUAGGGCUGCUACUCUUCUGACAGCUAUCGGCUGUUCGCCUUCCAAGCCCUGCAGGACCUUGGACAGCGGCGUGGGGCCCUGUAAUGCACUGCCCCAUUGCUGCACUUGCCUCUCCACAAUAGUGCCCCCACCCUCCCCCCCCCCACAGGCUCUAGGAUUAACGCGCCAAAAGCAAUUACUUCUUUCAUUUUUUCAGUCUCCUUCUGAGAGAAACUUUGUUUUCUUCUCUAGCACAAAAAAAAUGUAAUUUAAAACCUAAUUAACAGAAUGAUAAUUAAUCAGUCUAAUCCUCAGCCCCAUGCACAUGUUCCCCAGCUGCUGCUUGAUUUCUCACUUCUGCGCACUCCUAUGCCUGAGCAGUUAAAUCUCAGAGCUCUGAGUACCUCACCCAUUAGAGUGCUUGAACCUGCCCCUAGAAUGCCAGAAUGAAUGUUGGGCACGACGGUGGGCCGUGCAGUGAUCAGGCUCUGCUGGUUAGAUUCUAGCCACAGACAGGGUUAGUAUAACAGAGUUAGGAUGGGACUGUAUUGGAUGCCUUAACUGAACU